AGAUGGCGGAUCCCGCCGAGUGCAGCAUCAAGGUGAUGUGCCGGUUCCGGCCCCUCAACGAGGCGGAGAUCCUCCGGGGGGACAAAUUCAUCCCCAAAUUCAAGGGCGACGAGACGGUUGUUAUCGGGCAAGGGAAACCAUAUGUCUUUGAUAGAGUGUUACCUCCUAAUACAACCCAGGAGCAAGUUUAUAAUGCCUGUGCCAAGCAGAUUGUUAAAGAUGUUCUUGAAGGGUACAAUGGCACAAUCUUUGCUUAUGGGCAGACAUCAUCAGGAAAAACACAUACUAUGGAGGGAAAGCUGCAUGACCCUCAGCUCAUGGGAAUUAUUCCAAGAAUUGCACAUGACAUCUUUGAUCACAUCUACUCCAUGGAUGAAAACUUGGAAUUUCAUAUAAAGGUUUCCUACUUUGAGAUAUAUUUGGACAAAAUAAGGGACCUACUUGAUGUGUCAAAGACAAACCUCGCUGUACAUGAAGAUAAAAACAGAGUCCCAUAUGUUAAGGGUUGUACAGAAAGAUUUGUAUCUAGUCCUGAAGAAGUUUUGGAUGUCAUUGAUGAAGGGAAAGCUAACCGUCAUGUAGCCGUUACAAAUAUGAAUGAACACAGCUCUAGGAGCCACAGUAUCUUCCUUAUUAAUAUUAAACAAGAGAAUGUGGAAACUGAGAAAAAACUUAGUGGAAAGCUCUACCUGGUAGACUUGGCUGGAAGUGAGAAGGUCAGCAAAACUGGAGCAGAGGGUGCUGUUCUUGACGAAGCUAAAAAUAUCAAUAAGUCUUUGUCUGCUUUAGGCAAUGUGAUAUCUGCCUUGGCAGAAGGAACUAAAACCCAUGUUCCAUACCGAGACAGCAAAAUGACCCGAAUACUUCAGGAUUCCCUUGGUGGCAACUGCAGAACUACUAUUGUUAUAUGCUGUUCUCCUUCUGUGUUCAAUGAAGCAGAAACAAAGUCAACCCUGAUGUUUGGGCAGCGAGCUAAGACGAUCAAGAACACAGUCUCUGUGAAUUUGGAGCUGACUGCAGAGGAGUGGAAGAAAAAGUAUGAGAAGGAAAAAGACAAGAACAAGAGUUUAAAGAAUGUUAUCCAGCAUCUAGAGCUGGAGCUGAACAGGUGGAGAAAUGGAGAAGCUGUGCCUGAAGAUGAACAGAUCAGUGCAAAGGACCAGAAAAACCUGGAGCCAUGUGAUAACACCCCCAUUAUUGACAACAUCACACCAGUUGUUGCCAGCAUCUCGACAGAGGAGAAGCAGAAAUAUGAUGAUGAGAUUGCGAGUCUCUACAGACAGCUGGAUGAUAAGGAUGAUGAAAUCAACCAGCAGAGUCAGUUGGCUGAAAAGCUAAAGCAACAAAUGUUGGAUCAAGAGGAGCUUUUGGCCUCCACUAGGAGAGAUUAUGAGAAGAUUCAAGAGGAGCUGACCCGUCUUCAGAUUGAGAAUGAAGCAGCAAAAGAUGAAGUAAAAGAGGUCCUUCAAGCCCUGGAAGAAUUAGCUGUCAAUUAUGACCAGAAAUCCCAAGAAGUGGAGGAUAAAACAAGGGCCAAUGAGCAGCUAGCUGAUGAGCUGGCACAGAAGAGUAGUGCUCUGACAGUGACCCAGAGGGAGUUGGGACAGUUGCAGGAGCUCAGUAACCAUCAGAAGAAAAGAGCUACAGAAAUCUUGAACUUGCUGCUUAAGGACCUGGGAGAGAUUGGAGGUAUCAUUGGUACUAACGAUGUUAAAACAUUAGCAGAUGUGAACGGGGUGAUUGAGGAGGAGUUCACCAUGGCACGGCUUUACAUCAGCAAGAUGAAGUCUGAGGUGAAGUCUCUGGUGAACCGCAGCAAGCAGCUGGAAAGUGCCCAGAUAGACUCCAACAGGAAGAUGAAUGCCAGUGAGAGGGAGCUUGCAGCUUGCCAGCUCCUCAUUUCACAACAUGAAGCAAAGAUCAAGUCCCUUACAGACUACAUGCAAAAUAUGGAGCAGAAGAGAAGGCAACUGGAAGAGUCACAGGACUCUCUCAAUGAAGAGCUUGCCAAGUUGCGUGCUCAAGAAAAGAUGCAUGAAGUCAGUUUCAAGGAUAAGGAGAAAGAGCAUCUGACCCGGCUUCAGGAUGCAGAGGAGAUGAAGAAGGCACUGGAGCAGCAGAUGGAGAGUCACAGGGAAGCCCACCAGAAGCAGCUGUCCAGGCUGAGGGAUGAAAUUGAAGAGAAGCAGAAAAUAAUUGAUGAAAUCAGAGAUAUGAAUCAGAAGCUUCAAUUGGAACAAGAGAAACUGAGUGCUGAUUAUGAUAAAUUAAAAACUGAGGACCAGGAAAGGGAAAUGAAACUGGAAAAGCUCAUACUGCUUAAUGAUAAAAGGGAACAAGCAAGAGAAGAUCUUAAGGGGCUGGAGGAAACAGUGGCAAGAGAACUUCAGACUCUUCACAACCUUCGCAAACUGUUCGUCCAAGAUCUUACCACGCGCGUCAAAAAAAGUGUUGAACUCGAUAGCGAUGACGGAGGUGGAAGUGCUGCACAGAAGCAGAAAAUUUCCUUUCUUGAGAACAACCUGGAACAGCUUACAAAGGUUCACAAACAGUUGGUACGUGAUAAUGCAGAUCUUCGUUGUGAGCUUCCGAAGCUGGAAAAACGACUUAGAGCUACGGCAGAGAGAGUUAAGGCCCUGGAGAGUGCACUGAAGGAAGCCAAGGAGAAUGCCAUGCGAGACCGCAAGCGGUACCAGCAGGAGGUAGAUCGCAUUAAGGAAGCUGUGAGAGCCAAAAACAUGGCAAGGAGAGCACACUCUGCUCAAAUUGCCAAGCCCAUCCGUCCUGGUCAUUACCCGGCAUCUUCUCCAACGGCUGUCCAUGCCAUCCGCGGGGGAGGAAUGUCAAACUCCACCUACUAUCACAACACCAAAUAGACAAGAAGUGAAUUCCACUUAGCAUGUUAAGGACUGUCAUUAAGUCACUAGUUUCUUUUUCUCCCCUCUUCAACCCAAUCCAUAUCUGUUCAUCCUGCACUUCCUACAACCAUCUGCACUGCACUGGUCCCAGGUAUUUUGAGCUUCAUAGGAUCUACACAUGU